AUGGUUCGGCCUGCGGAAGCGUGCGCCCCCCGAAGGCACAGAGCUCACGGCUCGCUGCCUGACAGACUGCGGCCGCUAGCUUACACCGCCACCAUCCAGACGUCCAUAUGUCCAUAUGUCCAGCAUGCCAACGGUGCUGCUGGUCUUAAAGGAGACAAGGGCGAUCCAGGAGACCCAGGACCUCGGAUGGUCUUCCCUAAGAUCAAUCAUGGCUUUCUUUCCGCCGAUCAGCAGCUCAUUAACCGCCGGCUCAUUAAGGGUGAUCAGGGCCAGGCUGGCCCCCCAGGUCCUCCCGGCCCUCCAGGCCCCCCUGGGCCCCGUGGCCCCCCAGGGGACACAGGAAAAGAUGGUCCCAGGGGCCUGCCAGGGCUGAUGGGAGAUCCAGGAAUGCCGGGGGAGAUCGGACCGCGGGGACCAGAAGGACCCCUAGGAAUUAAGGGAUUGAUAGGCCCCCCAGGACUACCCGGUGUCGAUGGACUGAAGGGUGAAAUGGGAGAACCAGGCGAGAAGGGAGACAUGGGAGAAGAUGGCUCUAAAGGAGAGUUGGGAGAGAAGGGAGAUGCAGGUUCGUCAGCUGCAGGGAUCAAGGGCGAGCCAGGACUACCUGGGAAAGAGGGACGCAAGGGAGAGCCAGGACUUCCUGGACUGCCUGGACUUCCUGGAAUUAAGGGGGAGCCAGGAUACUUGGGACCUCAAGGAGAUCCCGGUCUACCUGGGCUACCUGGAACCAAGGGGGAGCGGGGGGAGCAGGGCCCCCCAGGGAAGGGGGCGCGAGGAGAGACCGGCCCCAUGGGACAGAAGGGAACACAAGGGGAGUCUGGGAAUCCAGGCCUCAGAGGGUCAAAGGGGGACCCCGGAGAGACAGGUUCCACUGGGCCCAGGGGCCCCCCAGGACCAAAGGGGGAUCAGGGUGCCACGGAGAUCAUAGACUACAGCGGGAACAUCCAGGAUGCACUGCAGAAGAUUACCACUCUCACAGUGACGGGUCCACCAGGACUGCCCGGGCCAAUAGGACCACAGGGAUUAAAGGGCGAUCGAGGAGCACCUGGUUUUCCGGGACUGGACGGUGAGAGAGGCAUGAAGGGGUCGAAAGGAGAUUCGGGUUCCCCGGGACAGCCUGGAGAGAAGGGGUCACUGGGACUACCUGGCUUGCCUGGUGUGAACGGAUUCAAAGGAGACAAAGGUGACACGGGGCUAUCUGGCGCCCAGGGACCUUCAAUCAUCGGCCCUCCUGGGGCUCCAGGCCCUCAUGGGCCCCCGGGACCCAUGGGGCCCAAUGGGAUUUCAGGACCCAAGGGAGAGACAGGGACGCACGGUCUGAAGGGGGCGCGUGGAGAGCCGGGACACAAAGGUGACAGAGGACCCCUGGGCCUCCCAGGCGCGUCAGGGUUGGAUGGCAGGCCCGGAGCCAGGGGAAUGGAUGGGCCUCUUGGCGCCCCUGGACCAGCCGGGCCCAAAGGAGACCAAGGUGAAAAGGGUUCCGAGGGUGAGCCAGGAUCCCAGGGACCUCAAGGACUUCCUGGAGUAGCUGGCACACCUGGAUCAGAUGGUAUCCCAGGGUUAAGGGGGGAGAAAGGGGACCUUGGUGAGAGAGGAGAAAAGGGGUUCCGGGGACUUAAAGGUGAAAAGGGUGAGCCGGGCCAGCCUGGUUUGGACGGGCUGGACGCCCCGUGCCAAUUGGGUCCAGAUGGUUUGCCGAUGCCAGGAUGUUGGCAGAAGUGAUCACUCUUAAUUCCCAAAGCAUGGAGUUUGUACAUAAUGCUUCAUUUUAUUUUGUAUUUGUAUUUAUAGUUUUGUUUUGUUUUUUGUUUUAUUUUUUUAAAUGAAAAUGUAGAUGUCUCCCAUAACAAAAAUGUAUAAAUAUCACGUGAGCGUCGUUGAGUAGAGUUUCUCGGCCGAUAGCUGAGCUAUUUCAGAGCAUGGUGCUGUGGCCUAGCUUGCUUGCAUGGACAGAGGUCAAGCAGCACUUUGGAGGUCAUGACCAAAGCAGAGACUCAUGGGAAAGCGAGUUCACAAUGGAGGCAGGACCAGGCUCACUAAUGAGAGGCGACUGAUGGUGGCACCUGCGUUCAUCACCCAUCCAUGCUACAACAGCAACUCAAAUGACUAAAACGUUCAUUCCUUAAAAAAAUGCUAAAUGCAACAACAACAAAAAAAACUGCAUGGGUACUGUGUCCAACUAGGAAUAUAUGUGGAUGGAUUUUAAUCAUUGUGGUGUGCUCAAACAUGUGGCUUCCUCGAACACUAACUUGCUAUUCAUUGCAACUUACCCCAACAAAUGGAUGGGAAAAAACCAAAAGAAAGGGCAAAGCUGAUCAUUGAUUGGUUCUCCUAUUUGUUCCAUCAUCUUCAAAGGGAAUUACGCCAUGGCUGGUGGCUUGACAAAUACACAAACCCAGAAAGAGGUGAUGUGCAAAGCGGUUUCUUUAUCACGGUGGCGAUCUCCAUGGCAACACGCCGUGACCUCAGCCGGGUUCCUGGCCUGAAGCCGCGAGUGCAGCGGCACGCACAGGAAGUUGCACAGGGCCAGUUUGGAGCGGACUUUUGGGAGUGUGAGCCCCAGGCCCCAGGCCCCAGGCCCCAGGCCCCAGGCCCUGCUGUAGGGGGUCUGCUUGGGCUGUCCUGGACAGGGGAGGAGAUGCACAUGCGCUGGGGAACCGCUUCAGAAGGAGCUUGGGAGAGAGGAAGAUGGGACCUCUGAAGCAGCCAAUCAGAGCUGCCAAUGGAUUCAUCAUGACUUUAAUGUUUGUUUUUCCCCCCACGCAUACAUCAUCGCCCUUGGUGCCUCGUUUUUUUUUUUUUUGUCAUUCUUUGUUGGAAACCUUAACUUUUUUUAACAUGCUUUGAGAAAGAGGGAAGGUCUUUUUGGAUUAAUGGAAUGGUUGCUUUGUGCCAUACAGUAUUGUUAAUUUUAUUGUCUUUUAUACAUUUUCAUGUAUAUUAUAUUUUGAAAUUUGAUGGUAGCCAGACAUUAACGUUAUUUUGUGCUGCAAACAUACAUGCUGAUGUGGACUGAAUAUAUUUGUGGAGAAAUAUUAAACAUUUAAAAAUUACUAAAGGUAUUGUCAAUAACUGUCUGGAUUCACAAAAGAUUCUGGUAUUUUCUUAAUUGUAAAAUAAGUCAGAUGGAUGUUUUGCAUCGAGAUAUUUUUAGUGGAGGGAAAAAGACUACCAUUAAUGUCAUUAAAUGUACAAUAACCAUGGAGAAAACUUUGUGUGACUUUUCUGUGGUUUUGUUUUUCAGUUUGUCGGCCCUCUCAUCAUGGUGGCUGUUUCAUUAUAUCCUGUUUCUGGUGUCUUUGAUUGUUGAAUAUAACCAAGUUUCUUUCCUGUUCUAUGGUUUAUUUCCAGAUGCAAAUGUCUGUGUCCAACGUUCAUGUAUGAGUUUUUUUUUUUUAUUCAACAAUAUUUUAUCUUUUUUCAGUCAAAACAUUCUUGUCUUUAAAUGAGAAUGAAAUGUUCUAUUUCAUUCCAAUGUUUGAACUUUCUUACAAACAUGUAUUACAUGGUUUGUGUGGUUAGGCUGAGACUUCGGCCUUGUGUAUGUUAACCCAUUGUUCCUGUUCACUGCUGGAUCUGGAGGUGGUUCCAAGGGUAGUAUUUCUGAUAGAAAGAAUUCCCCCGGCCAACCCCAGCCCUUCACGCCCCUACCCGCCCCACAUUCCCACAGAUCCCAGUCACCUGGGGCACGUUCAAUCGGAAAACGUCUUGCUACGGUUUCCAGGUUGAAUGAUAGGUUUCCUCCCAAUGGUAUGCAACAUUUUGCAACAGGCUUUCAGGUGUGUUUGCUCCUGUUUGGUGGGUGUGUCGGGGGUGUAGCCCGAAUCAAUGGCGUAGGCCUAUCAGCGGUCAACAAUAGAAUAUUUAUGCCGAUGUCAGACAGGAAAAGGCACCUGUGCCUUUGCUUUAAAGGCCAAAGAACGUACAGAAUGGCCUUUUCAGACGCCAUUGGAGCAAACCGUACCUACGUCAGUCUGUCCACAUCAAGUUGUUAGCCUUUGAGUUAAGUCUCCUGAUUGGUUCACAGUUGGUGAUUGACCGCACCUGAUGGCUCCACCAGUUCAAAGCGUGUUUUCCCUGCCUGGCUACAUACCACCAAGCAUUACAUUCCAGUGCUAAUAAAAUAAUAUGGUUUCUCCUGGCAAUGAUGUUGCUGACAUCACACCUCAUAGUCUGUCAGGCAGCUGUGUCAAGUCGAUUGGAGCUGUAUGUAGUUUCAUACUAAUGAUGGCCAACCAUGACUUAAUAACCCCUGAAUAUUAUAUACAGACAGUAAGGUGGUGGUCCUCAUCCCUGUUCCUUCAGAUCUACCAUUCUGUAGGUUUUCAUUUCAACCAUAACCAUACCUGAUUCUAGUUAUUAGCACCUCCACCAGAUCUCAAGCUAUUGGAGUGAAUACCUACAGGAUAGUAGAUCUGCAGGAACAUGGUUGGGCAGCCCUGCUCUAGCUGUUGCUUUGUUAGGGUUGUAGUGAAAACCUACAGGAACAGGGUUGGGAACCACUGCUGUAAAAAUAAAAUCCAUGCUAGCUGACUAAUAGGCCAAUGGCCAAAUAAGCAAAAGGCCAGAUAACUGUAGGCCAGAUUGUAUGGACAUAAAGAUGUUCUAUUUUAAGAAAUAUUGCAGAUUGAGACAUUUCCCAAAGCCCUAAAUUAGGCAUCUUGGCAGCUCUUGGAAAAAGCAUUCUUGAAUGUGAAGCAAGUUACAAUGUACAUUUCUGUAAUUGUACCAUUUUUCAUUAUUUUACUUUUCUUAAAUUCAGUGUUUCUCUGCCAGGCUUCUGUUUCUACAAUUUCAACAGUCUAGUGGUCAGACUAGGACACAACAGAAAAGACUAUGUGAGAUUUUGUAGGAAUUAAUUGUAAAUGUGUAUUGUAAACAGUGAUAAUACAAAAGGAAAGUGUUACGUUUUUGGUCUACUUUUACCUGCAGUUGGUCUAUAGGUGAAACAAUGUACUUGUGUUUCAAUGAUAUAUUUGAUAAGCAUUCAAAGGAAGUGUGCAUAUACACUCAGUGAGCACUUUAUUAGGUGUUCAUUAGACUUAUAGGUCUUCUGCUGCUGUAGCCUUUCCACUUAGAGGUUUGAUGCAUUGUGUGGUCAGAGAUGUUCUUCUGUACACCGCUGUUGUAAUGUGUGGUUAUUUGCAUUACUGUCACCUUCCGGUCAGCUUUGACUAGUCUGGCCCUUCUCCACUGACCUCUCUCAUUAACAAGGCGUUUUUGUCCACAGAACUGCUGCUCUCAGGAUGUUUUUUGUUUUUCCGCACCAUUCUCUGAAAACUCUGAGAUUGUUGUGCAUGAAAAUCCAAGGAGAUCAGCAGUUUCCUCAUUCUGACAUUUGGUCUGAAAAACAGCUGAACCUAUUGACCAUGUCUGCAUGCUUGUAUGCAUUUAGUUGCUGCCACAUGGUCUACAGGUCACCUAAUAAAGUGCUCAGUGAGUGUUUACGUCUAUAUAUUGUGCCAUAUACAGUCUUGUUACUAGUCUGCUCAGUUUUCACUUGUAACUUUCCAAUGAACAAUAUAGCUACGUUUAUGGGCUAAUUUGUUUUGGUUUACUGUCAUGGGAAAGUGUGAGUAUUUGUUUUAAGCUAUUCUGUGUAUGUGUAUUUCCAAUACGUGCACCUCACAAAUGACGUUUCACAUUUUUCAUUGGCAACUGUUUGUAUGUUUUUAUUUCAAUUUUUACAGCAUACUGUCAUUGUUCUUCUCCUUUCCUGCUGUUUUGUAUGCAAAAUAUAAUAAUUUACAGAUAUUGUUGUGAGUGUUUGUUGUGAGGUGACCUCAUGUAAGAACACAUCAGUCACCUUUGACCUUAACUUUAUCCUAGAAGUCAACAGAAGCUUUUCUUCACAAAUUCAGUAUGGAAAGUUGGAGUGAUCAUUAAACUUGCCAAAUUGUUUGUGAGGGAAUUUAAUAAUGCUUGAUUUUAAUGUCAAAUUUUAGAGACAAACGUCGAUUGAAUCUCAGCCACUGUCUCUAAACAUUUGUUCCUUAUGAGGCGACAUUAGCUCAGGAGGUAAGGGCAGUCAGAGGGUUGCCGGUUUGAUCCCGCCCUGGGUGUGUCAAAAUGUCGCUGAAGACACCUAACCCCCAAAUGCUCCUGAUGAGCUGGUUGGUACUGGGGGGGGCUGGGACACUUUCUUGAUUCAGCCCUUUCUGGUUUUUGUUGUAUUGUGAGUUUUGGAUCUGUGUUAUUAAGUGAACCAUACAAUUUUAUUCAUGGCCAGUUUGCAAUACUGUAAUUUUUUAUUUUUAUUUUUUUCCUCGAAGGCAGGGGUGCACAACUCCUUGAGGUGUGGUUCCCGAGGGCAGGUCUGCGUACUGGUUUUUGUUCCAACCAGUUGCUUUGUUUUUAAUUUGCUCACGGCUCUAUAUAUUACCCUGGUUCAUAUCUGUACUUGAGCACAGUAAAAUCAUUAGGAUACACUUGCAGUCAGCAGCUGUAGCUGGUACUCAUACACGUCAGAUAAGAUAGGAUUGAAUCAAUUCAAUAAUUAAAACCUGAAGUUGAUACAAAAUCCUGAAAUGGCCCUUGUUGGGCACCCCUGCUCUAAGGUGACUGGGGCCUUUUAGUCUAGUUGUAUUCCUGAUGGCAGUACAGGAUGAAAUUGUCAAAAGGGUGCUUCAUUGCUGUGCUUUGGCAAUCAAAAGAGCAGUUCCUUAUUUUUGGGACUCUUAAGUCUCCUUUCUGGAAAACAAUUAAAGCAUUAUCUGUGUUGAGAAGAGAUGUUUCAAUAAAGUUCAACCAACAUGA